AUGGUAUUCCCGAACAAUAUUGCCAAUUCAUUCACCAAUACGAAAAUUUCGUUGAAUGCAAAACCGACGAUUAUUGCAAUGCUGGACCCGGAAAUGGGCUACCCGAGAGCCAGAAAUAUACUGAAGGAGAUGUUUGGUCAACCAUUCCGAGUGGCACGAAACAUGAUUGAGGGGGUGCUAGCAGAGGCACACAAGAAGCGAUACCAGGUCUCUAGCAAACCUGGUCAUCAAGAUGCAGAAUUGCAGCAUCGUUCUAAACCACCUCGAAUAUCGGUCGGACCUGGAUGNUCACACGCUGGAAUCGAUUGUCAGAUGUUUGCCGGCCGAAAUGCAGACAGCCUGGGCGACCGAGGCCGAUCGAAUCGAGAAAAGGAACAGGAAGGCGAUACGAUCUGCCGUUCGAGGAUGUUCCGGACACCCGAGUAG